AUGGAGAAGGGUCACCCACCACAGUCUCCACCAUACCCUGGACCACCCAUGAGCUACGGGGGUAUGGUACAUCCGCAAGAAAUGUACCCUCAGCCUGGAUUCUCACCGGGUGCACCUCCACCUGUUGUUAAUCAAGGAGUCACUCAUGUAGACGUGACACCUGCACUGCAGGACGCCCCAGGACAAAUGCUGUGUCCUAACUGCUACCAGACUGUGUUCACCACCACGGAGCACCAAGCAGGCCACCUGACGUGGGCCGUCUGCUGCGGCCUCACCGUCUUUGGUUAAAAAUGUAUUCUGUGCAGCUGCAUCCUGUUCUGCAUUGAUUCCUGCAAAGAUGUGGAGCAUCGCUGUCCAUCCUGUGUCAUCUACUUAUACAAGUGAAUGUGAAACUAUCCUACUGUGAAUAAGAGAAGGACUCAGAACCUACUCAUGCAGUGGCUUAUUAGUGGUUUGACUUGCUCUACAACGUUGAUCUAUUACCAAUCAAAAAUGGCCAUGAUUAUUUUUGGUAGAAACUUGGACUAUGGGCAGAGAAGGUCUUUGGUUCGUCUCUGGUUCCACUCCACAGAGAAACAACAAAAGGCGAACCUGGAUUGAUCUGUCCAAAAAUCCAAGAGGAUUCUCCCUACCCUGUCUAGUGCCCCUGAGCAAGGCACCUUACUCCCCCAACAUCUGCUCCCCGGGCGCUGUAUAUGGCUGCUCACUGCUCUGUGUGUCCUGCACCAGAUGGGUUAAAUGCAGAGGUUAAAUUUCCCUACAAUUGCAUGAGUGUGUCUGUGCAUGUAUCUGCAUGUGUGUGGGAUAAAUAAAUGUAGUGUGGGAAAAUCUUAAUCUUAAUCUUAAUCUUAUCCAGUAAAUUUUUGUCUUUUAAACAAAGGACUUAAAACCCUUAGUUUGUAAGCUAGCUUCCCUGCUGUUUGCAUCAAUGCAGAUUUACACUGAUAUUUCUAUAUUGUAUUCAUAUCAUUCACUUUGGUAAAAAGAAAAGGUAAAAUCUUUCGUUUCUGGUGCUAGUUUUAUUUUAAGAGGAUAAUUUGCAAGGCAACAAUGUGAAAUAAAAACUGUCUUUGUGAUGUUUCAGUGCAAAUUCACAGAGUUUUGUUUUUGUCAAGGCUAACUAGUUUUAAAUGAGACAUUAUGACGUGGAAAAUAAAAGGUCAAGCAUUGAAAGAAA